CUGCACCGAGCGCCGGCCCCGCCUGCACCGAGCGCCGGCCCCGCGCCCCGCCGCGCCCCGCGGGCUGCCAUGCUGCGGCCCAAAGCGCUGACGCAGGUGCUGAGCCAGGCCAACACCGGCGGCGUCCAGAGCACGCUGCUGCUGAACAAUGAGGGCUCGCUCUUGGCCUACUCGGGCUACGGGGACACGGACGCCCGCGUGACGGCGGCCAUCGCCAGCAACAUCUGGGUGGCGUACGACAAGAACGGGCACCACGCCUUCAACGAGGACAACCUGCGCUUCAUCCUCAUGGACUGCAUGGAGGGGCGCGUGGCCAUCACCCGCGUGGCAAACCUCCUGCUGUGCAUGUAUGCCAAGGAAACGGUCGGAUUUGGGAUGCUGAAAGCCAAGGCGCAGGCGCUGGUGCAGUACCUGGAGGAGCCGCUGACGCAGGUGGCCGCAUCCUGAGCUGAGCUGCAUCCUGAGCUGCAUCCUGAGCACGGAACCGCGGUGCCACGGCUGAGCAGCAACGCCUGCAUGGGGGGAACCACGGUGGGAGCCCGGCUGUGCUGCUGGGCGGCGAGGAAGGGGGAAUAAAACCACGUCUGGUGCUCGUGUC